CUCCGACAGUAAAGGAGCGGCGCACCGUUUGUCACUGUCAACAAACUCGCAUUUUUGGCAGAAUAAGAACAAUAGCAGCAAAACAAAAGUUUACAAAAAGUUUGUAAAAUUUGGUAAAAUAUUCAAAGUUCUCCAAUAGUUUAGUUUACUGUUAUUGUAAAGUUCAAAAAGUUCUGAAGGCGGAUACAAAACGCUCCUAGAGUUCAAAUGCUUGGCACAUUUGCUGAACCACCUGACGGUACCCGCAACAGGAACAAUCGGGUAGUUAUGUCCAUGAUGCCGCCACCUCCACUCUACACCACUAACCCUUCCUCUUCGUCGACGACCACCGCAGCACCUCGCAGGCCGAGCGAAUCGAUAAGUGGGUCUUCCGCUUCCUCGACCACAACGGUGGUCAAUAUCGUCACUAGUUCCCCGGCGGAUACGGCAGCCAUGGUAGCGGCCGCCACCGGAAAUUCCGAAUCAACCGUGAAACAGCUAGCCCCGCAGUAUCAGUGCCAGAUCUGUUCCAAGUGCUUCAACAGUGUAACCACCCUGUCGGUGCAUUUGAACUCGCACCACGAGAAUCAAAUCGAGUACCGCGCCAACCCUGGCGGAGCCUCGUACAACGGGCACAUCGUGACGGCCGGGGGCCAUGUAAUCAAAACGGAACCACAACCGUUCCAGAUUCUCUCCCCAACGGCGACAGUCUACAGCGGAGGUGUCCACGGCUUCCAAGUGGCCUCCGCUGGGGCUGCCACCGGCCACACGUGUCAAAUAUGCCAGAAGGUAUUCAACUCCGGCGAGCAGUACCAGAGCCACAUGAAGAUUCACGAGAACGAAUUCCGGAACCGGGCACUGUAUCAAGCCAGUAGUAGCAGUAGCAGCGGUGGCGGAGGCCAGCAAUCCACGGCAGUUGUUCAACAGAUUUCGUUGAAGGAGCUGGAUCCAUCGGAGGAAGAAGACGGCGGGAAGCCAAUCGAUUGCAUUGUGUGCCAUAAGAAGUUUCAAACUGCCACGCAACUGGCAGUGCAUUUGAGGGAGCAUAGCUCCGAGAAACCCUACCGGUGCACUGUCUGCGGUAAGGGCUUCAUUCAGUCCAACAACUUAUCUACUCACAUGAAGGUCCACUCGGGCCAGAAGCCGUUCAAAUGUGAUAUCUGUGGUAAAAACUUCAGUCAAUCGAACAAUCUGAAGACCCACGUUCGGACCCACACAAACGAGCGUCCCUACGCAUGCGCCAUCUGCGAGAAGCGUUUCAAUCAGAAGAACAAUCUGACAACGCACAUGCGCACUCAUUCGAUGACCUGCAAGGUCUGUCAGACGCCAUUUCAUCAUCCGACGGAACUCUCGAACCAUGUUCGGAUAUGCUACGCAGACCAGAAGCCCAACAUAUGUUCCUUUUGCAACAAGGUGUUCAUGAACCACGAGGAAAUGAGUGACCACAUGAAGCAACACAAUCAGGUCAAACCUCACAAAUGCCAGAUUUGUCAGAAAACGUUCACCCAAUCGAACAACCUCAAGACUCACAUGAAGACACACAUCUUCCAGGAUCCCUUCAAAUGUUCGUUCUGUUCCCGGUCGUUCCCCAACGAGGAAGAAUUCAGUCGCCAUUCGUUGGUGCAUUCUUCGCCAAAACCUUUCAAUUGUCCGUACUGCGGAAAGCAGUUCAUCCAGUCGAACAACCUGAAGACCCACGUGAGGACCCACACCGGUGAGAAACCGUACAAGUGCUACAUCUGCGACCGGCUGUUCAAUCAGAAGAACAACCUGAACACCCACAUGCGUAUCCACCAGGGUCUCAAGCCGUACCAGUGCACCAUCUGUGAGAAGCGCUUCAAUCAGAGCAACAACCUGAAUAAGCACAUCUACAAGGUCCAUUGCCACGAAAAGAUGGGCCCCAUGACGGGGACGCCCGCAACGCUAUCCACCGGGUCGUUGGAUGGUGCAGUGAUUGUGCCGGCGGCAGCUACCGUUGCCGGAAUUGACGGGCUGCAAUCGGCCGGGACCAACAGCUGACUACGAUAGGUAAUUGGUGGAGCGCUGGAUGAAGCGCGAAUCUCCAAGUGAACGAGCGGGGGGAAUGGUGUGACCCCAAUAUUUUAGAUUCUAGGUACGAUCUUAUAAUAUCUGCAUAUGAUAUAACGUAUUAUAGUGAUGUAAAAUAGUGCAUGUUAUGGGUAAAUA